GCGGCUGCUGAAGGACUUUCUCUCGGAGACCGAAAACCAUCCGAGGACACGCAGGACUUCUGCAGAGCGAGAGAGGAGUCUGAAGAAAAUGAAACUGGAUGUGUCUCUUCCUGUGCUGCUGUCCAUCUGUUUCCACCUGCCGACGACCUCCACCCACCUCCAGGACUCAGAUGAUUCGAAGCUCCUGCAGGUGACGAUCCCCUCCCCCCUGCCGGUGGCUCCUGUGCUGGGCGGCUCCCUGACGUUACCCUGUCUGGUGUCCCUGGCUCACCCCCCGCCCUCCCCCUCCACCAACGGGCGCCACGCCGUGCUGACGCUGCCCCGGGUCAAAUGGAGCGUCCUGACUCAGGGCCGCGAGUCGGAGAUCCUGGUGGCACGGGGGGACAGGGUGAGGGUCAGCGAGGCGUUCAGGGACCGAGCUUCGCUGCUGCACUACGCCUCGUCCCCCGCCGACCUCACCCUGCGGCUGGAGCGCCUGCGGCACAACGACACCGGCUUCUACCGCUGCGAGGUGCAGCAGGGCCUGGAGGACUCCGACGACGUGGCCCAGGUCAAGGUCAAAGGUGUGGUGUUCCACUAUCGUGACGCCUCCAGCAGGUACGCCUUCACUUUCGAGCGAGCGCGAGACGCCUGCGCAGAGAUCGGGGCGGAGAUGGCUUCUCCGGAGCAGCUGGAGGCCUCCUAUUACAGCGGCUACGAGCAGUGUGACGCCGGCUGGCUCUCAGACCGCUCUGUGAGAUAUCCGAUCCAGAUGCCCAGAGAGGGAUGCUUCGGGGACAUGGAUGGAUUACCGGGAGUGAGGAAUUAUGGGAUGUUAGAGCCCGAUGAGCUGUACGACGUCUACUGCUACGUGGAGAACAUCGAUGGUGAGGUGUUCCAGGACUCUGCCCCCCAGCGGUUCACCUUCUGGCAGGCGAAGGCGUUCUGUCUGAGUCACGGGGCGGAGCUGGUGACCACGGCUCAGCUGUACGCCGCCUGGAGCGACGGACUGAACCUCUGCAGCCCGGGCUGGCUGGCGGACGGCAGCGUGCGAUACCCCAUCGUCACCCCCAGAGAGCGCUGUGGAGGGGGGGAGCCCGGGGUCAGGACCGUGUAUCGCUACAGCAACCAGACCGGCUUCCCCGAGCCCGACACGCUGCACGACGUCUACUGCUUCAAAAGAAAUAACGGCCCAUACACGGACUCUCCUCUGGACUUUCUCGUCACGGAGCCGGAGGACAUCGGCCAGGACGUGGUUUUCUUUACUGACCCGGCAGAGGAGGAGGACUUCAGCCACAGCGAGGCGACGGCGGAGAGCGAUGACGAGGUCUUCCGCGCCCGGACGGACCUUCCCCUCAAACACGUUCCUGCAGAGGCUCAGCAGAUAACGCUGGGAUACAACCAGGAAGCACCGACAGUCACUCCAUCCCCUGAGCAUCCAGACUCCCCAGAGGAGGUGAUUAAGAAGGAGAGCUUCCCAGAGUCACAUCAUCCGGCUCCUGAGGAAAACACAGAUUAUGAAACAUUAGCUGACGGAGCCUCCACUCUACUCACACCACCUGCGGAGCAUCUUUCUGCCACCGAAACUACGGCAGCUGUAAAUGCUUCAUCUGUAUCUCCUGCGUACGAGCUCCUCAGCAGCUCUCCAGAUGUUCCCCAUGCGGAGGACCUUCCCUUUCACACACUCCUGAAGCUGAUCCCGUCCACUCGAGUGCUGCUCCCGGGAGGAGAUAUCAGACGUGACCUCCUCACCGAACACCGAGGAAACAGACGUUCUCUCGACGCCCCGCUGCCGGCUGCAGAUCACAGCACGCCUGAGGUUUAUCCGACAGAAGAGGAUAAGGUGACCGGUCUUCUCCAGCUGGAAACUCAAAAGCCAGUCACUCAAAGUGUGGGUGUUUUAGAAACCUCUGCAGCCUCGGAGCUGAUCCCUACGUCUGCUUCAGGUUACGAUCACACCGCAGAGCCUCCAGGAGUUUCUGUGGGGUCGCCCCGCCCCGUAGAUGGAGCUGAUGGGACCACCAGCAGCCCUUCAGAGGAGGCAGCAACGCGUCAUCCAGCCAGACCCCUCCACCCUGCAGAGACCCCCGCUGCAGAGACCCCCGCUGCAGAGACCCCCGCUGCAGAGACCCCCGCUGCAGAGCUCCUCACAGACUACUCCAGCCUCAGCGCCACGGUGUUGAACAGCCAUCCGGUCACCUCCUUCACCUCCUCUGCUUCUGUCCCCCCAUCCACAGAGACUACCACAGAACACCUGGAGGAGAAGCAGGAGGAGGAGGUGUUGGGAGGAGUUUUCCUCAGCACCACCCAGAAUAUCUUAAACUUUUUUACGGAGAAGGAACACGAUGGUGGAGAGGGGUCCGGUGAAUCCUCAGGAGAAAACCCGGAGAUAACGCCUUCGCUCUUUCUGACAGGUCCAACUGUAGCCCACAGUGAGGGCGAGGAGGCCACCGACGCUCCUCCCCCCUCGGAGGUCAAAAUCACGCUGCUUCCCCGGCUGAGCCUCUCCCCCGGCUGGGAGCUGGAGCCCUCCCCCUCCACGCUGCAGGAGUCCCGCUCUGAUUUAGAGUUCAGCGCCCGGCCUCCUGCAGCUGAGGAAGAGGAAGAAGAGGAGGAGGAGGAGGUGGAGGAGAUCUCAACCAGCAGCAUGCAUGACCCCGGCUCAGAGGGAGGUGAGGGGGAGAUCAGCACUGACGAUCCUUCCGGUAAGUUCUGCACGCUGCCUCCUGGUGAGGAGGACAGCGGCGGCCCGGCGGUCUCCAGAGAGGAAGUGACCCCUCCCUUGUUCCUGGGGUCCUCAGCCAUGGCCGCCUCCCUGCCCGAUGCCAGAGUCUCUGCUGCGAGACCAGGAGACGCUGCAGACUCGUGCGUGGAGAGUCCGUGUCUGAACGGAGGAACUUGCGUUGACGGUGAACCGGCGCGCUGCUUCUGUUUACCGGGUUACCGGGGAGACUUCUGCCAGACAGACGUGGAGGUGUGUGAGGCCGGCUGGGAGAAGUUCCAGAGCUUCUGUUACCGACACUUCGGGAAGAGGCAGAGCUGGGAGGCGGCGGAGCAGCACUGCCGCAUGUGUGGAGGACACCUGCUGUCCGUCAUGACCCCCGAGGAGCAGCAGCACAUCAACGAGAAAUACAAAGAGUAUCAGUGGAUCGGACUGAACGACCGAACCAUCGAGGGAGACUUCCGCUGGUCGGACGGGAACCCUCUGCUGUAUGAGAACUGGUACAGGGGUCAGCCCGACAGCUACUUCCUGUCGGGGGAGGACUGCGCGGUGAUGGUGUGGCACGACGGCGGCCGCUGGAGUGACGUGCCCUGCAACUACCACCUGUCCUACACCUGCAAGAAGAGCGUCUCGUCCUGUGGCGAGCCGCCCAAAGUUCCCGGUGCCAAGGUGUUUGGGAAGAAGCGUUCACGUUACGAGACGAACUCCAGGCUGCGGUUCUACUGUGAGAAGGGCUUCCUGCAGAAACUGAACCCUGUGAUCAGCUGUCUGCCCGGCGGCCAAUGGGAGGAGCCGCUGAUUACCUGCAUCCCAGCCCCUUCAAAGGAAGAAGACCCAGUGACCUCACUUCCUGUGCGGCGCGAGGAGGUCACGCAGGCCAUGGAGGUCCAAGGCACAGUCACAGAGAAAACUGUGCGGCUCUUCUGGGACAUCAAGUGGGUCGGCUGAAGCCUUUUCCAUAUUUGAUUGGAGUCCUCAAAAGUCCAGUUUCUGCAUUAAAGUUAAACUGUAUAAGUCUAACCUUUUAAUAUUAAACUCAUUUCGACGCCACCUGGAAAAGCUGCAAUCCAAAUGUGUGUUUUGCUAUAAAGUCUAAAUACUUUUGGUAAAUUAUGCAAGAGGAAACACUGAAAACGACCCGAGCUAAACUGCUCACUGGUCCUGAUCCUCCCAGGAAAAAUAUGCAACCCAUACAUUAGCGUACACGACCUCCUUCUGAAGACUCUCCACUUCUUUUGGUGCUUUUCAUUCAGGUUCCUCUAUCACUCUGUUUGCUAAUAUGAACUGUACUGUCAGUAUCAGUAUGACGGGAACGGAAAUAUUAUUCCACACAAAGACGCACAUUUUUGGGAUCCAUGAAGUAAAAACGAUUUUUCAUCUAAUGUCAGUUUUCUAGUUUUGAGUAAUAGACACUGUGCUUGUAACAAGGCAGGUGGUGUUGAUUGUUUAUCUAAUGAAUGCAUACUAAUGAAAUGUGUAGGUAGAGAUAAUGUAGUAAACAUGAAUACGAUGAAAAAGGAGAAAUAAAAUGUACAUUUUUUAA